AAUAAGUAUACAAAACUAGUCCCAAUAUUUGGCGCGAACGAUGAUGCCUGCAUACAAUCUCCUUCAUGUUCUUUUCUCAUAGCUAUAGACACCCAACAAAUCUAAUUAACAAAAACAUUACAGUCUUUACCUAUGCAAUCACCUCGUAAACGGCAGCAUAAUGCUGUUCGUAUAUUCAAUAGUUUUAAAUUGUAAGCGUGAAUCUUGUGGCAACCUUACAUUGUCUUUCACGAUGUCUAUACAUUGGUAUCUCCCUCGUGGUAAACGACACUUGUUCGCAUUGAUAAUUGUCUUAAUUUUUGUUGUUUUUUUGUUGCACACAAGGUGUUUGAUAAAAAUCCUGAACCAGAUUGUUGUUUUAAGUUUUAAACUUUUAACUAUCCUUUUUUUCGUCAUAAAGUAUUUGAAUUUUGGGGGUUUAGGUUGUUGUUGUGUUGUGUCUGGGUAUGGAGAGUCCGGUGCCUUAUAGUAGAGGGUUGGGAAAGCAUUCGUUAUCGAUCAUGAAACAGGGGCGAAGCGGGUAUGAUCCGUCUGAUACCGAGACAGAAUUGCACGAAGCUCCUUGGAACGAGUUUAAUAAAAAGAAUGCAGAAUUGGGUUCUGAUGAAGUGAGGAACUUGAAUUCGGUGAGACUUGUUCGGAGACAGUCGUCAAAGUUUGAUCCAGAAGGGCUGCCACCUCCACGACGACACAGCAAAUCUCCGUACAAGAAUCGAAGAGAUGGUAAGAGUUCCAGGUCGCCAACUCCGGGCCCACUUCCUCUUCCACCCGGGAGAAAUAUCAGCCCGUUUUCGAAAUCUGAACGUAGGAGUCGUGGUUCACCAUUGAAACUCGCAAGAAACGAUGACGUGUUGGAGAACGAUGAACAAGGUGCCGGCUCGUAUAAUAAGCCGAAACACAGACAGUUUAAUAAUGAAAGUUAUGCUAGAGCACUGUCAGCACCUAGACUGAGAUCAAAAGACAAAGAUCAACAAAUAAAACACGAUCAACGGGUGAGUAGACGAGUCGGAAGAAGUAGAACACCUCCACUACGUAGAAGUAUCACCCCGCGAAAAGACAAAGACGUUAACCACAAAAAUACGCCUUCUGUAGGCGAGAUCAACGAGAUGGUUGCAAAUGCAAAAUUAGCAAAAAGUCCAGUUAGACACGCUCCGGUUUUCGAUAGCACAGAUUCUCUUCCAGGUGGCGAUAUUUUCUUCUCUCGAGACUACGCAGCAGCGUCCGCCCAGAAGAUUAAGAAUAGCGCGUUGGAAAAUCGUAUUAACCCGAAACCGAAAGCAUUCACAGAAAAGAAACCCGACCCGCAUCAACGUUAUAAAUCAAAUGAUGUUCAUAAUUAUAAUACGACCGGUGUUUCUUCUAGUGGUAUGUUAACACCUACAACUAUGGCCUCUAGUUCAGCUUUAAGCAAGCAAAGUAGCCAUAUAAGUGAUGCUAGUGGGAAGUCGAAUGGGAGUUCUUGGAGGUUUACUGCAAGCAGGCGGAAAAGCCAGACGGAUACGUGGUUUUCAUGCAUGAAAGGAUCUUGCAGUACCGGAAAGAAAUCUCCGGAAAGAUUGAGAGCCUUCGAUGAAGCUUCGUUUAUCGAGAAGGCUUUUGUUGUUGAAAACGUUAGACAGUUUUGGGCGGAUAAGUAUCAACCGUUAUCGUUAAACGGGUUUACUUGUCACAAACAAGAAGCCCUGCAACUUAAACAUCUGACAUCGCAGGAAAUAUUUCCACAUAUUCUUUUGAAGGGACCUCAAGGGUUAGGGAAGAAAGCGUUGACAAUGGCCCUAUUAUGUGAGAUAUAUGGAGAUGCUGCCCGGAAUAUAUCUCAUGAUAUAAAAUACUUCAAAAUUCAGGAGACAAGGUCGGCUCGAGUAGCCGUUCCCAUAACCUCAAGUCCUCACCAUGUAGAGCUUAAUGUGCACUUGGAAGCUAAUGCUCGAUACGCUCUUAUGGCUUCGGUCAAACAAAUAAGUAGCGACCAUGCAGUUACUCCUGAGACCAGCACAGUUAAUUUAAAGCCCGAUUAUACAGUAAUGGUCCUUUACGACGUUGAUAAAGCCGAUGAGAGCAUUCAGCACUUGAUAAAGUGGAUUAUGGAUUGCUAUUCGGAUGUUUGUAAACUGGUCCUUUGUUGUGAAGAUGAUGUCAGCAUUCUUGACCCAGUGAAAACUCGGUGCCAUAUUAUUACGCUUGAUGCGCCUGUCACUCAUGAAGUGAUGGAAGUGCUUAUUCAAAUAUCGAGGAAAGAGAAUUUUGAUUUACCGAUGAAGUUUGCGGCAAAGAUUGCUAAUAAAUCCAAACAGAAUACGAGGAAAGCAAUCAUGGCUCUUGAAGCCUGCAAGUCUCACAACUAUCCAUUUGUCGAAGACCAGCCAAUCCCCAUCGGAUGGGAAUACGUACUCGUUGAACUUGCUGCUGAGAUUUUAGCCGAUCCAUCACACAAGAGGCUAUUUCUUAUACGCGGAAAACUACAGAAACUAUUGGUCGAAUUUGUUCAUCCAAAACUGAUUCUUCUGAAACUCAUUGAACAGUUCCUCAAGGGCGUUGAAGCUAACGUUAAAAAAGAAUUAUAUUAUUGGCAUGGUUAUUAUGAUAAGAGACUCCCAGUUGGAACCAGUGCCUUACUAAAGUUAGAAGAGUUUGUUGCAAAGUUCAUGAGUAUACACAGGAAGACGUUACAAAAUCGUCAGUGAUUGAAGUGAUUGAACCUUGGGCAAGCACAAAUAACAGAAAUAGGGGAUAAUAAGGUAUUCCCGCGUGCCUUUUUGCCGGUCAUAGAAACACCAUAUUUUUAUUUUUCUAUGAUUUUAAAGUGUAAACAUAAUGCAGUCCCGGUUGUUAUGUUGAGAUGAAAUAUGUGAGCUUAUGUUAAUGUUACCAUUUUGUAUCUAUUUGAUACUGAAUUGAUGAUUAUGUUUGAUGUAUGAUUGGGUUCAAUGAUCACUUCCAUGAAUGUAUGUGUUAACUUCUUGCCA